AUGAGAGAAAGCAGUGUACAAAUCGGAGUGUCCGCUAUUGUCGUCUGCUUUUUGGCUUUUUGUGCUCACGUGAAAGCACGUGAAAUAUCUCAUGACGCGUUGACAUCUUCGGAGAAAAAUAAAAGAACAGAAUCACUGCUCACCAGCCUGCGCAGUUAUGAGACGAUUAUACCGGAAACAGUGGACGAACAUGGCCGUUUCCUAAGUUACCAUGUGCAGCGUCCGCCCUCGCGCAGGCGUAGAGAUAGCCAAUCUCAGAGUGAGAUUAUCGACGAUUCCGACAUAUCAGAGUACAGGAUUUUCUACAGAUUCUCGGUUUUUGGGAAGGAAUUCCAUUUUGACUUGACACUUAAUACUGCCUUCCUUGCGCCAGGGUUUAAGGUGGAGUAUCAAGAUAAAAAUGGAGUUAUAGGGACGUCAAACGCUGUCGCUAAUUGUUACUAUGUGGGCCAGAGUAGGAAGCCUUUCAUUUCUACAGCAGCCAUAAGCAAUUGCUACGGAUUGCACGGUGUAUUUUCCACGGCUGACGAGGACUACUUUGUGGAACCGCUGUGGAACCAUACGAACGCCAUUCAGGCGGACGGACACCCGCACGUCGUCUACAAACGUUCUUCGGUUAUUGUACCAUCACUGAACGCGCACUGCGGCGUCAACGAUAAAUCAAAGGAAAAGGUUACACCGAAAUAUUCAUCAAGUCAGAGUUUUUCAUCGCAUUGGCAACUGAAACAUCGCCUAGAAAAUUUCAAGCACAUUCGAGCAAAUGACUCCAUCGUUCAUAAACUCGUCCCGAGAAAGGUGUACGACAUUCCACAACCUCCGGUAAGGAAACCUUUUCUCGAAAAAGAACCAUACAGGGAGGUCGACAAGGAAACAGACGCGCGGCACGGGCAUCGUCAUGACAACCGGCGAACGUCUGGUCGGGGACGACGCGUGCGUCGGGAGGUGACGCUGCAGAUGCCGGCACGGACGGUGGAGACGAUGGUGGUGAUUGACCAACAAAUGUACGAGUUCCACAAGGCCGAGAGCAUCGUGGAGCCGUACGUCCUGACUAUCAUGAACGUGGUGGCAAAGCUGUAUCGCGACCCGAGUAUCGGCAACAGCAUCAACAUCGUCGUGUCGAAACUCGUCAUCCUCACGGAAGACAAGGAGAACCUGUCUAUCAGUCACCACGCGGACCGCUCCCUUGACAGCUUCUGCAAGUGGCAGCAUCGGGAGAAUAUGACCGCCGACCAGACGCACGACAACGCCGUCCUCCUCACCAGGUACGACAUUUGCACGUACAAGGAUGAGCCGUGUGGAACGUUAGGUCUGGCGCCCGUAGCCGGCAUGUGCGAGGGGGAGCGAUCCUGCUCCAUCAACGAGGACAUCGGGCUGGCCUCCGCCUUUACCAUCGCGCAUGAGAUGGGUCAUAACUUUGGUAUGCAGCACGAUGGUGCGGGGAACCUGUGCGGGACGCCGGGUCAGGAGCCGGCACGUAUCAUGGCGGCCCGCCUUACCGGAGACAUCAAUCCCUUUCUGUGGUCCAAUUGCAGCCGACAGUACAUCACCGACUUCCUUGAGUCCGGCAAGGGAACAUGUCUGGGCGUCUCGGGGCGGCAGCACCAGGCGGACGAGCCAACCACCGGAUAUAACCUGGGUCACGACGCCAACAAGCAGUGCCGGCUCCAGUUCCACCACAAAUCACAGGCGUGCAAGAUCGCCGAGCUGUGCCGAGAACUUUGGUGUCUGGACGAUGAGGAAAAGUGCAUCACCAACAGCAUCCCAGCCGCCCAGGGAACGCCCUGCCGCAACCACACUCACCUCUUCCACGGGCACUGUUACCGGGGUUUCUGUGAGCGGGCCGGGUACCAACCGGAGGUGGUAGACGGGGGAUGGAGCGCAUGGAGCGGCUACUCGGAGUGCUCCCGCACGUGCGGUGGCGGCGUCAUGUACCAGGAACGCUUCUGCAACAACCCUAAGCCAGACCACGGUGGCCAGUUCUGUGUUGGUGACCGAGUAAGAUACAAAUCUUGCAAUAUAAAGCAAAACUGCUCGGCGGACUCGGAGGACUUCCGGAAGAUGCAGUGCUCGGAGUACAACACGAUCCCCUUCCGGAGUCGCUACUUCAACUGGGUCCCCUUCACCGGAUCCCAGGGAAACGCGUGCGCUCUGAAUUGUAUGGCUGAGGGGUUCAACUUCUACACGGAGCGGGCCCACAAAGUGGCUGAUGGCACGGCCUGCUAUCCGGACCGCCUCGACAUGUGCAUCAACGGCGAGUGCCACCACGUGGGAUGUGACGGUGAGCUGGGGUCGGCAGCGGAGGAAGACAAGUGUCGCGUGUGCGCGGGUGACGGCAGCUCCUGCCACACCAUUUCCGGCAUGGUGGACAAAUCCCUGCCAAAGGGAGCCUACCAAGAGAUUCUGAAGAUUCCGUCCGGGGCGAUGCACAUUCAAGUACAGGAGGCUUAUGAGUCACAUAACUACCUCGCCCUAAAGAGCGAGGGAGGCCCGUUCUACAUUAACGGUGACUGGACGAUUGACUGGCCCCGGAAGUUCACGGUGGCGGGCACCGUCUUCCACUACGAGCGGCAGAACGACGCCCCCGAGAUCAUGCGGGCGGUCGGGCCAACAAGCGAGAAUCUCGUCGUCAUGUUGUUGAUGCAGGAGGACAACCAAGGUGUACAGUACGAAUACAACAUGCCCUACAGCGCGUCGCCUGGCAACCCUAAUGUCACACAGUACACGUGGACGCACUCCGCAUGGACAGACUGCUCACACUCCUGCGGGAAGGGCAUCAGCACAUCUGAGGCUGUGUGCGUGCACAAGUACAGACAGACGAUCGUGGACGACGGCUUCUGCUUCCCACAACCCAAACCCAGUCACCACUACAAACACUGCAAUCAGGAACCGUGCCCAGCAGACUGGGAGCUGGGGGAGUGGAGCAGGUGCAGCCAGACGUGCGGAGGCGGCCGUAAGGCGCGCACGGUGGUCUGCCGCCAGCGAAUCUCGCAGGAGGAGGUUGUCACGCUCGAUGACACAGAAUGCCCGGGUCAACGACCGGAAGCUGAGCGCCAGUGCAAACGGAGCAACUGUCCGCCCAUGUGGGUAGCAGAGGAUUGGACGGAGUGUUCCAAGCGAUGCGGACGUGGCGAAAUGGUUCGUCACGUGUACUGUAUGACGUCAGACCGUGGUAUGUACUUGGAUGACAGUGAGUGUGACGGCACUAAUAAACCGGCAACCAUGGCAACAUGUAUAAAAAUGGCCUGUCCUCAGCCGAAAUGGGUCCUGCAUGAGUGGUCUGAGUGUCAAGGUCGAUGUGACGAGGGGUGGCAGCGACGUCAGGUGGACUGUAUAAACCAUGACGGCGACGUCAGUGACGACUGUGACAUCAAUAGCCGGCCGGUAGACGCGCGAAAGUGCAACAUGAACUGUGAUGAGGAGCUAGGGACUCAUGAUGAGUGCGUGGACAACUACAACUUUGCGUACUGUCCGCUUGUCCUCAAGUUCCGCUUCUGUGACCGCGAAUACUUUCUAAAGAUGUGCUGUAAGACUUGUCAGAUAUCUGGCGCUCUAGGCAUAAGAUAGCACAAAUCUCCGAAGUACUCUAGAUACAAGCUGGAACAACACUAUUGCGCUCUCGAUACUCCAUAGCACAUAUCUCGAGCGUUCUAUGCGUUCUAUGAUGUUAUACAAAUAUGAUAUAUAUGUCAAUUAUCCAUGGCUUAUGACACAAGAAAAGGGAAAAUAGAACAGCUGUUGUCAAAGCAAACAGAAACUACACGUACAUCGCUGUGAAUAACUUUUGAACGUCCAUACAAAUCGAGCUUAUGCCAAAUCCUAGUGUUUGUGCUUUUAAAUGAAUCAUGUAUUGAUGUUAAUAAGAAUGUCUUUAGUUAAAUGGUUCAUUUAUGAGUUUGCAUUUGUAUUUAUAUAAUGUCCACAUGUGUUUAGUUAAAUAAGAUCUGUCAUCGGUGUAGCCCGUUACAACCUGACGAUUCAUUGUAAACAUGUAACCCUAGUAUUGUAUAGAUUGAUCUCGACCAUUCACGCAUUUUGCUUCCACGUUUGUAUUAAUUGGCAUGAAAUUGUUCUGCAUUUUAUCACCUUAAGGAUAAAUCUGUUGUGGUUACUAUUGAUAAAUCAUAAUACAUUUGUAUUAUAUUUGAAGUAUUUGUAACAACAGUUAUUGUGUAUUAUACAUGUAGAACUGCCUUUUAAAUGCAGCCAGGCAGGGACAGCCAAUUUAAACAAAAUGCUUUCUGAUGAAAGAUAUAGAUAAAAUAAUAAUUAAAACUUAUUUAAUAUUCUGAAGUUGUGUACAAGAAUCUUUUAUAGUGUUUGGAAACUAGAGUUCCAGGACGAGAACAACUCGCUAACCAAGGAUAGAACGUGACCUAAAAUAAUUUCAUUCCAAUGUGAAUGUUAGCACCACCAAACCGUCAUCCGCGUUCUAGUCAGGAAUCGAACCGGAAGAGAGAGCACGGACAAUAGUGAUUACAGUUAACCGCACAAACAGGGUCGUAUACUGUUGCCUUUUCAGACUGUUUUUUUUUUCAAUAGCAUA